AUGACUAACUUACCUAACUAUCUAUAUUUACAAGUAGGAGCCAGGGUAGUGUUCUUAAACAACAAACUUUUUGAUGAUAGUACUAUUGGAAUCGUAACUAAGCUUAUUGAUAAUCAUAAUGUUGAAGUUACUUUUCCUACUUCUGAAGCCGCCUCAAGACAACAAUUUUCUCUCCAAAAUACGUUUACUCUUACCACUCACAAAGUACAGUGCUUAACCUUACCUCACGUCACUACUAGCACAGACGAAUCCGUAUUUGCUGAAGGAUAG